UUCACACCUGAUAUUCUUCGAAGCCGAUCCGCUGCGCCGAUGGCUGGCGCGCGGUACCUGGAGCAAGUGAGCUUGGAGGAUGUGGCGGCCACCUCUUUGGUGAAUGUUUGGCUUGGAGAAUCAGAAGAGGAUGGUGGGCUCCAGCAGGAACGUUUGGCCCUGAGAGCCGAUGGUACCUUUUAUCACAGGGUAUGCCACUCUAUCGAAAGUGUGGGUGCUGCCACCGAAUGCAGUGGACGAUGGGCUGUGCACAAAGUGAGGUACCUGGGCGCAGAUUUGCAAGCUGAUGGGGAUCGUGAGCUCGUCUUCACCAAAGCAUCCGCAGCCGAAGCAGCCGACGACAGGUCAAACACAUUGAUUGCGGAGCGUCUGGUGGUGUGCGGCCAGAACCCUGCGGUGAACGGCUUUGUAGGUGCCUCCUGUCGCCUCUACCCCGAGCAGCGCAACGCCGCUGCCGCAGCCCGUACCAUUUCCUCUGGCGCAGAAGGGGGUGCCAACCUAUCGGGGGAGAUGGACGAAGCAGGUAGCGAUGCGAGCGUGGAGGAGGUGACGGAGGAGGACGUGACACUGCUCAGCGAGAGCACGGGACAGUCGCGCAACAGAUGCCUGGCUGCCCUGCUUGAUGUGGCCUCCGUCGGCAGCGGCACAGCGCGCUUGGAGAUGGCGGCAGAGAAGUUGAUGCGAGAAAUGGAGGAGGCGCCCAGCGACCCCACGACAAGCCCCUCCUUUGCGCCGGCGAGCGCCGCAACAGCGCCGAACCCAGAGGCGGUGUCUGCCCUGGUGAGCUGCACAGGACGCAGUGAAGCAGCAUGCCGCGCAGCACUGGCGAAGCAUCCCAACGUUGACGCAGCUGCCGAGCAUUUGCUGACAGAGCUGGAGCCAGACCUGGUGCCGGAGCCGGCAGAGCCGCCCCCAAAGCGGCUGAGGGCAGAACCAGCGGGGAUUGAGACAGGAACCAUGGAGGAGACGGAGAACCCACCUGGUUGAUAUGCCAAACACAUGCAAAGGACAUGUUGCUGCACGCACCGGUGGGGCAAAA